UGUGACACCAUGUGCUGAGACCUGAGCGCUCACCCUGAUACUAUUAAUGACACUGUCCCGGCUACCUCGGGGACAGCAGAGGCCCUGGACGCCUCAGGUGGGACACUUUGAGAUCAAUUCAGGAUGCCACCAUGAUUGAUCUUCCCAAUAAGUCGGCCCUGUCUUCUAACUGAACUAUUCUGGUGACGGAUGGUGUGGUAGAAUUUCUUUAAAAAGUUUGCCACGAGGAAUUCAUGCAGAUAACUUCUUUGAUAAUCUGCCCAAAAGCGAAAAGGAAUAUCUUCAAUACACAGAGUAAAUCCGGAAUACCUGUGUCCACUGAACCGGUUUGUAUAGAGGAGCAUGUUGUGACAGCCAUGUCUCUGGAGAUGGAAAAGACCAUCACCAAGCUGAUGUACGACUUCCAGAGGAACUCCACCUCUGACGAUGACUCUGGAUGUGCGCUGGAGGAAUACGCCUGGGUUCCCCCCGGCCUCAGUCCCGAGCAGGUGCAUCAGUAUUAUAACUCCUUACCAGAAGAGAAGGUUCCAUAUAUAAACAGCCCUGGAGAGAAAUAUCGCAUCAAACAACUUCUUCACCAGUUGCCACCACAUGACAACGAGGUACGUUACUGUAAUGGACUGGAUGAGGAGGAGAAACGAGAGCUUAAGAUCUUCAGCAACCAAAGGAAGAAAGACAGCUUGGGCAGAGGCAACGUCCGUCCUUUCCCCCUCACCAUCAACGGAGCCAUAUGUGAUAAGUGUGGUGGUCAGAUAAAUGGAGGGGACAUUGUGGUCUUCGCUGUGAGGGCGGGUCAUGGAAAAUGCUGGCAUCCUCACUGCUUUGUCUGCAGCAUGUGUGAGGAGCUGUUGGUGGAUCUCAUCUACUUCUACCAAGAUGGCAAGAUCUUCUGUGGCCGGCACCACGCCGAGAGGCUAAAACCCCGCUGCUGUGCCUGUGAUGAGAUAAUCUUUGCUGAUGAGUGCACCGAGGCGGAGGGCAGGCACUGGCACAUGAAGCACUUCUGUUGCUAUGAGUGUGAGACCACCCUCGGCGGCCAGCGCUACAUCAUGAAGGACGGACGACCACACUGCUGCAACUGCUUCGAGUCCCUGUACGCAGAGUACUGUGACGCGUGUGGAGAACACAUAGGCAUAGACCAAGGCCAGAUGACGUAUGAUGGGCAGCACUGGCACGCAACUGAGGAGUGUUUUUGCUGUGCCCGUUGCAAGCGCUCCCUGCUUGGUCGCCCUUUCCUGCCAAAGCAGGGACAGAUAUUCUGCUCACGGUCCUGCAGCGCUGGACAGGAUCCAGAUGAGUCCGACUCCUCAGACUCAGCCUUCCAAAGCGCCCGUUCCCGUGAAUCCCGCCACAGCACCAAGAUUGGGAAAAAGGAGCGUAGGAAUGCGGAGCAGGAGCGGCGGAGUGCUGAGGCCCGCCAAUCCGCUCCCCCGCCAAUGCCUGAUCGUCUGUCUGCUGAAAUUGAUCCCCUGUCUGUUCAGAUGGACCGUUUAAGCCUCUCAUCGAGCCAGACUCCGAGCAGGACACCUAACCGCACGCCCAGUCGCACUCCAAGUCGUGCCCCAAGCCUUAACCAGGUGUGGAUGAGCCGGGAUGAGCCCUAUGUCCCUGCUGCUUAUGAGGGCCCCCAGCGGGAACCCUCCCCUACUCCCACACCUAUACAUUUGCUUGGUCAGUGUAACCCCAGGCAGGGCUACAAUCCCAAUGCAAAUGCUCAUCCUCCAGCCCAGAAUCCUGCCAACCCAGGAAAGAGGCCUGAUUCCUGGGGAAAGGAACAAGGUAACGCCAAGCGGACCCCGAUGGCUGCUUUGAGGGGCCACUCCUUUAAUGAAAACUGGAUCCACCACAGCCAGGAUGAGUUUAGGCCCAACAAGCUGCGCACCCAGAUGAGCUUCAAUGAAAUGUCGAGCCAGAACCAGGGCUUCUCUGACAAGAGGAGCACCAGCCUGCACGGGUUCCAGAGAAACGGCAGACCUCCACUGACCAGGAGGAACCCUAUCAAUGCCAUGAGCUUCAAUGAGCCUCUUACUCCUCUGGAGCAGACUCCUCAUGGAUCAAUGGACUCCCUGACUAUGUCCAAUCCUACAGGUAACUCUCUGGAUGGGGUCAGUAAGCGUCAGGAGCAUUUAUCCAGGUUCUCCAUGCCCGACCUAAGUAAGGACUCAGGCGUGAAUGUGUCUGAGAAGAGCAACAUGGGCACCCUCAGCUCCUCAGUACAGUUCCACAGCACAGAGUCACUGUCCUCCUCUCGUCCCUACAACAACAACAUGUAUGCUCCACUGAGAGUUGGCUACCCGCUACAGUACUGGGAUGGCCCACCGCCACUAGGCUUUGAUGGCAAAGGUCGUGUCGGGGUGGUGGACAGCAGCGGAAACCUGCGGAUGGCUCCUAUGAGUGACAGAAUGCCCCGCCGACGCAUAAACGGGCAGGAAGCUGCCCCACAGCAACAACCGCCGCAACCAAGACUCCGCAAACACCAUCGUGGAAACCACGGUAACGGGCAGCACCGCAGUGGCCGUCACCACAAGCGCUCCCGUCGUUCCCGCUCUGACAACGCCCUGCACCUGGUGGCCGACCGACCUGCUCAAAUGGCGGAGCCGCCCUACCGCCGCGUUCAGGAGGAUAAUGAUCGAUUCCCCUCCGGCCACGCUGCUCGAGAGCUGUUUGGUCUGGAGCCAGGUGGGUACAGGCAGCAGCCCCACCGGCCCUGCCCCCGCACCACCUCUGAUCUCACCCUGCAGAAUGCUGGCUGGCAACCUGUGGGGCUGGGUGGGCCACGCUGGGGUGACGGGUACAUGGAGGCCGCUGACCCCUGGUGCUCCAGCUGCUCCUCUUCUUCCGAGUCAGAGGCGGAUGAGAGCUAUUUCCUGGGCGAUCCGAUCCCUCGGCCUGUGCAGCUGUGCUACAUCAACAACGAGGAGCUGCGCCAUCGCUACAGCCCAUCUGGGAUGGGCGGACACCACGGACCUCAGCACGGACCGAUUCACGGACAGCUGCACACUCGCCAGAGGAGGAAGAGCAAAAACUGCAUCAUUUCCUAGAUAUAGAGCAAAGAGUUGGAGAGGGAUGAGUAGGAGAGAGAGAGAUGACAGGGAGAGAGGUGAAGCAACUGAGAGGAGGAACAGAGAGAGUGGGAAGGUGAGAGUGAGACAAUUGACAGUGAGAGUGAAUAGAGUGUGUGUGUGUGUGUGUGUGUGUGUGUGUGUGUGUGUGUGUGUGUGUGUGUGUGUGUGUGUGUGUGUGUGUGUGUGUGUGUGUGUGUGUGUGUGUGUGUGUGUGUGUGUGUGUGUGUGUGUGUGUGUGUGUGUGUGUGUGUGUGUGUGUGUGUGUGUGUGUGUGUGCGUUUUGAGGAUAGAAAAAGGCUUAUUUUUUGUGCUGGUGAACUUACACAACACUACACUGCGUAGUGUUUGUGUGUACACCUACACAGGAUGAUCUAAUCACAAGAAGAAGCUCAGCUGGCUUACACAACAGAAAUGUUUACAACGAUGGAGAUCAACUCUACUGAUGGAACCAGGAAGCACUGAUGAAUUUGACUAGUAAAUAUAUUGUGGUCAGGGUAAAUAACAUGGUGUGUGUGUGUGUGUGUGUGUGUGUGUCCACGUUACAGAGGGAUCGAACAAUUCAUUUACAGUUUGAACAGGGGAGUAACACUGUCAAAUUGUUCAUGCCGCAGCUCGGCGAUUCGAGCUCUGGGGCGGUAAAACUUUUAAUUCUAUGUGGAGAAACCAGAAGUCGUACUGGGACAGUGAAAACUCACGUGCUAGAUUCCAAGCUAUAUGUCAUUGUUUACCUCAGUGGAAUCCAAAUGCUGCUGGAAUAUAGUGUUGGCUCCCUAGCCCCGUUAUCACCUUGUACAAAUAGUCUGUUGAACCUUGUGCUCUCCAUGCUUCACCAGGGACAGAGCGCCGGAGGGCCUCUGGUCCUUGACCAUUCAGGCACAGUAACGUCAGGUAUGGUCCCGUUUUCUCUUCUGCAAACAUGCUUUGUUUUGUUUUUUUAGUUACCUAUAGAUGAUUAAGAAUAAUAAUAAUGAUGCUAACAAUAAUACUAAUAAUAAUAAUAAUAAUGCUAAUAAUAAUCAUAAUGAUAUUAAAGAAUAAUAGCUGUUAAAUGUAUAUAUAGUAAUAAACCUAAUAAAGUAAAUGGAUGUAGUACUGUAAAUAUGUUGUACAUAUGGUCUUAAAUAUUAUAUAUAUAUUUUGUAACUAAAGAAUCAUUAUUUGUAUAACAUGAUGUAGAGAUAGGGAGACUUGCAUGUUAAUUUGUUGUUGUUGUCUCAUACUGAAAAUAAAGAGUACUUCAAUGAACAACCA